GCGCGCCAGUGUCAUGAUCCUCGCAAAGGGCCUGCUAUACGUGCUAUUCGCUUUUGCCGUUUUCGCAAAAAAGGAGCGCCACAAGAAACCCUUGGCAGCCAAGAAGGGCACCAAGCUAAUACCGGCCACGGUGAAGGGCCUGCAAUGCUACAACUGCCUGUCCUACGACCACAGGGGCUGCUGGGACCCCGACCAUCCGGAUAAUGCCAACGUUACGGUGCCUAACAUCGAUUGCUACAUACCGGGCAUGGCGUUUCUAUGCCUGGUUAUCACUGCAGAAUCUGCGAAACUAGUGGAAACUGGCGCAGAAAUCGGCCCGAUCCGGGCCCGAACCUGCGUCCCCGCGAAAGACUUCAGCAAGAACUCGGUCUCGCACGCAAUGUGCAACAAACUGGGGAAGGAGCUUUCGGCCUCGGAGAUAUUUUCAAGGAUCGCGGUCACUAGGCCUCGCUGUUCGUUGUGUAACAAACAUCUUUGUGCCUCUAUUUGCUAGGCUAUCAUGAAAAAA